AUGGAAUAUUUAUUAUUUCCCAAUAUAAAAAAAUGUGAGAAUGUGUUUUUUUUAUUUUUUAAAAAAUUUAAAUUUACUAGUUUUAUUUCAAAUCAUAAAAAUGUGAAUUUGCAGGUGUUAGAAUGUAAAGAAAUAAAUGAUUAUAAUUUCAGUAACAUAAUAAAAAAUGAAAAGACUUUUUUAAUUUAUGGAUAUGCUGACUAUUCAAAUAGAAGUAUAAAUUAUUUUAAUAAAAUAAUUGAUAUAAGUAAUAAGGAAGUAAAUAGUAAAUUAAAUAAAAAAAUACCAAUAUAUAAAUUAAAUAUUGAUAACAAUUAUUUACUCGUUCAAAAAUUUCAUAUAAAAUCCAUUCCAGUAAUUCAAUUAAGACAUAAAAGCAAACUAAUUGAAGAAAUAACAGGAAAUGAAUUAAAUGAAUUGAAUUUGCAAAAAUUAUUAUAUAGGUGUCAUAGUUAUUUUGAUUCAAUAAAUCAAGUAGAUGAUAUAUGUGAUUUUUUAACCAGAGAAGAUGAACUUUCUUAUAUUGACAGUAUAGAAGAUAAGAAAAAGAAUAAAUUAUAUUUUAAAGAUGAUAACACACCUAAAGAAAAAGAUAAUAUAUGUGGUGAAAAUACAAAAUCUUUUGAUAGUGAUAUUAAGCAACUUUUUAAAAAUGAGGUAUUAGAUAAUCUACAAUUAAAAUAUAAUUGCCAAUCUUAUGUGAUAUUUAAAAAAUUAGAAUUACUGCUAAAUGAAAAGAAGAAAAAUAUGGUAUUAAUUAAAUUUUUCUUAAAUGAAAUACUUACGAAUCAUAAAACUUACUUAGAUAUAAACCUCAAUUACAAUAAAAUAACUGCAAAAGGAUUUCUUUUUUUAUUUGAUGAAGAUCUCUUAUCUGUCGAAAAAGCAAUCGAAUUAAAAGACUAUUUGGAUGAAACAAAUCAAAUAAAUAUGGAAAUACUGAGGUUAAUUAAUUUCAAGGAGCCAAUAAUUACUUUUGAUAAUUCAAAAAGUAUUCAUUUAAACGAAAUUAAAAAUUUAGAAGAUUUUUUAUCAAAAGAAGAGGAAAAAAAUGAUAUAAAAAUGUUAUUAGAGAAAAAUGAUUUAAAGGAAAAUAUGCAAAAAAUUGAUAAUAUGAAAAUAGAUAAUAAUAUAAAAAUAAAAUAUUUAAGUAGGAUAUAUAGAAUUUUAGCAAUCAAAUAUUUAGAUAUAGGAGAUAUAAAUAAUAUGUUACAUUAUGCAUUAGAGUCAUAUAAAUUAAGUUUUCCUUUAAAUAAUCUGGAUCAUACAAAGUCGAAAGUUCUUAUUGAAAAUAUUAUUUUAUAUUUGGGUGCUUAUAAUGAAAAUGUAAUAAAAUUUUUAAGUCAAUUGCAAUUUUUGUUUACAGAUAAGAUUUUUAAAGUAGUUAGAUUUCCUCACACUAGAGCAAUUAAAGGUGGUAAACCAAUUAUGAAGAGAGGGAAGUCAGGAAAAUGGCUUUGGUUAAGUCAAGAUUGGAAACCAAGAUGGAUAAAAAAAAAAACAAAAUUAAUUUUAGAAGAAGAAUGGAGAUGUAUACCUGACAAAAAUGUACCAUUCUGGAAUUAG